CCAGACUUUCAUUUCCUUGCUGCACGUCAAUAAACCUUCCGCGACUUUUAAAUCUCCUUUCAUGAUCAGCGUCUAGAAACAUCACUUUUCUACAUUCGCCGCAUCAUGGAACCGUCGACGACAAACUCAAAAUCUGCACUCUUUGAAGUGUAUUUACGAUUAAGACCUCCUCCAAUAUCAACUCAACAUUUAUACCCCACCUUACCAAUACCAGACCGCUUUCUUACUGUUGAGGAACCCACCGAGGAACAACUUCAAGAUGGAACUGCAUCUCCGACCCACAUUACCUUAAAUCCGCCAAAUGACAACAGACGCAGGGCAGUGGAGAAAUUUGCUUUCACUCGGGUCUUUGAAGAAGAGAGUUCGCAGUUGGAUUUAUUUCACGGAACAGGUGUGCUGCCUUUGGUUGAAGGCGUGCUGGGCCAAAAUGGUGGAGAGGGCAGAGAUGGUUUACUUGCUACAUUGGGAGUCACUGGCUCUGGAAAGGUUUAUAUUGUGGUUUUUAGAUUUGCAGAUUUGAUGAGUACUAACAUGUCUUUCGCAGAGUCAUACAAUUCUUGGAUCUCGACAUCAACGCGGUCUCACACAACUUGCCCUCGAUUUACUCUUUCGUUCCAUUGACAACAAUAUUCUUGAUGUCAAUUCACACCCUGAACUACAUGGCUCCAUUGCAUCAUCAGAUCCGUCAGAGGCCCAGGUCAUGUCUGCGCAGAUGUUCCUAGAUACAUUUUACUUCGACCCAGCCAGCUCAAGAGCUCCAACACCUCAGGUGGUACGAGUGCCCAUUCCCUACCACCCAAGUCCAACCAAAUUAUAUCCAUAUUUGCCCCCAUUUCAGACAACAGGAAGUCCUAAAAGCAUCAGGAUCGUGGUCCACCAGAAUGAUGAUAGUAGAGCACCAGGAUGUGCGCCAGUGCCAGUGCCAAUUCCAGGAGAAUCGACAGUAUCGAUGACUUCCUUUAUUCCUUCAUUUAUGCAAGCUACUGCAACAGCAGCCAGGAAGAUGAUUAGUGCUAAAACUCCUCAAAAGGGCGAUUCUUACCAACCUACUCCGAGACGAACCAUACCUACGAGACCAUCGGCUUUGCCAAGUAGUCCGGAUAUUACGGAUUUCACUGUUGAUAUAGAUCACCAUGCGGAAUAUUCGAUUCUAAUUUCAAUGUAUGAGGUUUAUAACGAUAGGAUCUUUGAUCUUUUGACACCGGCAGUACUAAACAAAUCUACAAAAGAAUCUAGGAGGAGACCAUUGCUAUUUAAAUUUACAGAACAAUCACCCGACCGGAAGGUCGUGGCUGGAUUAAGGAAAAUUAUAUGUGGUGGCAUAAAAGAUGCACUCAUGGUCCUAGAAGCUGGUCUGAAUGAAAGAAGAGUCGCGGGUACCAAUUCUAAUAGCACAUCGUCUAGGUCGCAUGGAUUUUUCUGCGUGGAGGUAAAGAAGAGGAGAAGGUCGAGAACACCAGGCGCUUGGGGAGGAAGUUCGCUUACCGUUGUAGAUUUGGCUGGAAGUGAGAGGGCAAGAGACGCUAAAACUGCCGGUGCUACAUUAGCGGAGGCCGGAAAGAUUAAUGAGAGUUUGAUGUAUCUAGGACAGUGCUUGCAGAUGCAGUCAGACUUUGAGAAUAACACAAAAGUACGUUCUGGUCUUCCUUUUCAUAUCCGGACUUGAUGAAUUAACCACAAACAGCCAAAUCUUGUCCCGUUUCGCCAAUGUAAACUCACCGAACUUCUCUUCUCAAACUCUUUCCCAUCGCAAAGCGCUAAACCUCUGUCGGCUGCACAUCAUCAUCGAAAUCCUCAGAAAGCAAUCAUGAUCGUCACGGCUGACCCGUUGGGAGACUUUAACGCUACAUCACAAAUACUGCGGUACUCUGCUUUAGCCAAAGAGAUUACGGUUCCAAGAGUGCCAUCAAUUACGGCAACUAUCCUCGGAUCCUCUCAAUCAUCUGACAGGCACCCCAGUUUCACUAGUCCCACGUCUCCUACUUUCUCGCGAUACCGUGAUGGUCCUCCUCAUACCCCUACCGAUACCGAGCGUGAGACAAUGGAGAUUGCAGCGUUAGAAAUUGCACGAAUGUCUGAGGAAAUCGAUGGUUUACGCAGCGAACUAGAGCGCGAAACAAGGUUGAGAAUGGAAAGUGAAGCACAUCUUCAAAGUAUGGAAGACAGAAUGUUGGAACUGGAAAUGGACAUUCGGGAAGAAUGCUAUGGAGAAAUGGAGAGGAGAAUUCAAGAAGAGGCUAGGAAGUGGAUGGUGCGACUGGAAGAACAUGGAGAAAGGGAAGAGGAGUGGAGGGAUAGAAAGGUCGAAGUCUUGAUUAGGGGAUUCAGUUCUGGUAUUUACGCAGAUGAAGAUAAAGAAAACCAAAACGAAGGUGUGACGGCGAGGUUGGAAAUGGAGAAUGCAAAGUUGUUGAGGGAGGUUGAAAGAUUGAAGAGGGAUUUGAACAGCAAAAGUCCGACAAAAAAUCGGAAGCCUUCGAAUAGAAUCUUGAAGGAGAGCCGAACACAUGCUAUGGACAAAUCAGCAUCGCCCAUUCCAGAUGACACCGUGGAUGAAGGUCUAGAAUUACGGAAUAGCAUGGCGAAGCUGAAGGUUGAUGAUGAUGCUGAGGUUGGCCUUGCUAGAAGUGCGAGUGGAAAGUUGAGAAUGAAAAAGAGUACCGCGAAUACUGGAAGUCCUACGAAGAAAGUCAGGAAAUUGGUUGCGAGGAAGUGGGACAUGGCUGAUGAUGAUGAUUUGUAAUUGGUGUUUGCGGGGGGGGAUAAGGUGUUUCAAAAGGUUCUAAUAAGGUCUGGUCUGGGAUGGUCUAGAAUGGUCUGGUACAAUCAACGGAGUUCUUUUUCCCCUUAGAUGGCAUUAAGGGCUUGGAUGGCAUGGGCUGGCUAGCUGGAUCGCAUUGGUGAGGAAUGGUGCUAGAAGGAUGGAUAAUAAUCGUCUUGUUCAAGAGAUUGUUUAUGAUACCUGGUUGAAUCUUGUAUUUGGUACUUAUUUUGUGUAAUUUUUUAGUUAAUUUCCAUUCAAUGAUACUUUGAGAUAUAAUAUCUGUCGUCCUGAGGUGGUAAAGAGU